GUACGUUGCUUUUCUCCCGUGGGCCUUCCUCUUUUUGGGAGUGACCAGUUCCAGUCCAGUCCCAAGCCGGCUUUUUGGGGAGAUCAGAUCCCCUGGUUAUCCCAAGCCGUAUCCCAACAAUAACAUCAGCAUCUGGGAUAUCCACGUCCCAAAAGGCUACGUGGUGAAGCUGACCUUCGCGUAUUUUGACCUGGAGCCGUCCGAGUCCUGCUUCUAUGACUAUGUUAAGAUCAAAGCAGACAAGAAGGACUUGGGCCGAUACUGCGGCCAGCUCGACUCCAUCACAGGCAAUCACCCAGGGAGAAAGAAGUUUGUGUCUAAGGGGAACAGGAUGCACCUGGAGUUUCACUCUGAUUUCUCCAAUGAAGACAAUGGCACAGUGAUUCCCUACAGGGGCUUCCUGGCCCAUUACCAAGCUGUGGAUCUCGAUGAAUGUGACCCUAACAACGCUGCUGAGAACGACGAAGGGCCUCAGUGCCAGCACUUCUGCCACAACUAUGUGGGUGGCUACUUCUGUUCUUGCCGGGCUGGCUACCAGCUUCAGCGUGACCGCCACUCCUGCAGAGCGGAGUGCAGCAGUGUGCUGUUCACAGAGGCAUCGGGGUACCUGAGCAGCCCUGAGUACCCCCAGCCCUACCCUGAAUACCUGCGAUGCAACUACAGCAUUCGUCUGCAAAAGGGCCUGUCUGUCAUCCUCAAGUUCUUGGAACCUUUUGAGAUUGAUGAACACCAGCAAGUCCAUUGUCCGUACGACCAGCUCAAGAUCCAAGUACGAGGAAGAGAGAUUGGUGAAUUCUGUGGCAAGGAGUCACCUGGCAGCAUUGAAACCAACAGCAAUGAGGUGGACAUACUCUUCCUCACCGAUGAGUCAGGGUUCAGCCGUGGCUGGAAGAUCCACUACACCUCGGAGAAAAUACGGUGCCCUCAGCCUGUCCCACGGGAUGAGUUUACCAUCAUCAGGGACCCGCAGCCUGUGUACCAAUUUCAGGACUAUUUCAUCGUCAGCUGCAAGACUGGCUAUAACCUGAUGGAGGGCAACCAAAAGCUACUGUCCUUCACGGCUGUCUGCCAGGCUGAUGGGACAUGGCAUCAACCCAUGCCCCGCUGUGAAAUUGUGAACUGUGGCAACCCUACAGACCUGGCCAACGGGGCGGUCAGUUACCUCAACGAGCCCACAGACAACACCUACCAGUCAGUGAUCACGUACCAAUGCAAUGAGCCGUAUUACAAUAUUGUCACCGGAACAGGCGGCGACAGAUUCACCUGCUCUCCUGAGGGAACCUGGGUGGACCGAGAUGGCCAGGUGAGGAUUCCUGCCUGCUUGCCAGUGUGUGGGAAGCCAGUCAAUCCCGUUACUGGAGUCCAGCGGAUCUUGGGUGGCCGGUCAGCAAGCAGAGGCAGCUUCCCUUGGCAGGCUCUGACUGGCAUCCAUGGACGCGGGGGCGGUGCGCUCCUGGGGGAUCGCUGGAUCCUGACUGCUGCCCACACAAUCUUGCCCAAAGGGGCAGGAGGGAACAAUGUAAGCCUGGACCAGCUAGCAGAGGAGGCCAACAUUUUCCUCGGCCACACCAAGGUGGAAGAGCUCCACAAGAUGGGUAACCACCCUGUACGUAGGAUCUUUAUCCAUCCGGAUUACAACCCUGAGGAUGAGCACAACUUCAAUGGUGACAUAGCCCUGCUGGAGCUAAAACACCCAGUAACCCUGGGCCCCACGGUACUGCCCAUCUGCCUCCCAGAUGCCACCAACGCCACCUUCUACACGGAUGGGCGCAUGGGCUACGUGAGCGGCUUCGGCGUGGAAAAAAACUUCAUUUCGAACACUUUGAAGUACGUGAGCCUACCGGCCGUUGCUCAAGAGAAGUGUCAGGCUUGGCUGGACGGUAAGAAGAGCGACAUGCCUAUGGUUUUCACCGAGAACAUGUUCUGUGCUGGCUUCCUCACAGUCAAACGGGAUACCUGCCAGGGGGACAGUGGGAGCGUCUUCACAGUGUUAGACACGGAAAGUGGUCGCUGGGUGGCUACCGGUAUUGUUUCUUGGGGUAUCGGCUGUGCCAGAGGUUAUGGCUUCUACACCAAGAUCCUCAGCUAUUUGGACUGGAUCAAAGGGAUAAUAAGGGAGGAUAGUCUCUAA